UCGAGCAUCCGGCUGUCCAGCUCGACCUCCUCCUUGACGCGACGCCCGACCGGCGCUUCCUGCGGCGCGUGCACCGCUUUGUUGCGAGCUCGGCGCUCGGCGAGCGUGCGAUACUCCUCUCCGAUCGGCGAGUCCGCGCGCUGCGGCUCCGCGGAGCUGUCGCCGGUUCGCCCUCUCCCGGCGUCCGCCCCUCGCCCCUUUCGCUCUCUCUCCUGCGCCUGCUCAGCUGCACGAGAUGAGCGCGCUUGGUCGCGCACUGCUGCGUGUGGACCCCACGGCCCCGGUCACCGUCAACUCGCUCGCGUCGCUUUCGCCCGCAGAGCUCGCCGUCGCGUCCCUCCGACCCGACCUCGACGUCUUUGUCCGCCAGCGCGCCUACCUCGAGUUUCUCUUCCGCAGGAACACCUACCGCAAGAGCAACAAGCGCGACUCGCUCGAGCAACCCCUCUUCGACCACCCACUCGACUUUGCCCUGCCCGACUCGCCCACCGCCCUGUCCCCCGCCGAGCUCGUUCUCGUCCCCUUCAACCGCCGUUGCACCUCGCUCGAGUGGGCCGACGAGGCGGCCCAGCUCUUCCUGCUGCGCGCGAGCCAGGCGCGCGAGCGCGAGGGCUAUGCCGUCAGCAGGUGCGAGAUGAGCUGCGACGGCGGAGCGUGGGUCGACAAGAAGGGCGUUACGCUCGCGGUCGAGCCUGAGGCGCUCGUCGUGCGGCGAGAGCGCGAGGUCCUCUUCAAGAUCCUGGCGCACGACAUGACGGGCGCUCGCCGUUUCGCGGGUCGUCGAGCCGUCGGCAACGAGAUCGAGCUCGAGGGCUUCGAGGUCGAGGCGCAGCAAGUCGCGCUCGUCGCGUCCGCCGUCACGGUCACCAACGUCAAGAUCGCGUUCGUCCUAGCGCGUCCGGGCGAGAACGGCCCGCUGUUGGCGUCGGUCGCGAGCUGGAGCAGGGCGGGCGGGUUCCACGUCGAGUUUCCCGAGUCUUCCCGCGAGCAGAACGUCGCCUCGUCAUCGUCGGCGCGCUACCCGCCUCGUCCGACACUGCCGCCGCCACCUCCUUCCGCACCACGCUCGCGCUCGACGACGCUCAGCAGCACGAGCACCUCGAGCCGCCCGCGCCCCGCCUCGGGCAUCGUCUCGGCAUUCGCGACGCCGGACGGCGGCGCGAAUCGGUACCGCCAGGGCCAGGACGGCCGCUCGGUCGAGUCGCUGAGGGAGGAGCGCGACGGCGCCGGCGCGUGGCAGUUCGUCGACACCCUGCCUGAGCACCCAGACUGGCACCCUGGCGAGCUCUCGCGCCAGAUAGCGCUUCUGCGCGCCAUCGCGCCCGACGUGCCCCUGCAUUUCGUCAGCUUCACGCUCGACGACCUGGCGCUCCUGUCGCACCGGUCACGGUACGCGAGCCUGCCGCGCCUGCCCGCCAACCCGCCAGACGUCGCGCCGGGCGUCAAGCACGUCGCCGUCGAGCGCCUCGGGCUCGAGCACAUCUACCGCUUCGGCGACCGCAUCAACCUCUCGGCCGAGCGCCUCGUGCUCCUCACGCACGCGUACCCGGACCUCAAGCGCUACGCCGUCGAGUCGUCCAAGCUCGUCGCGGCUCGAGACGCCCUCGUCGUCGCGUACGGGCGCGUCCUCGCCGACCUCGGGCGGCGCGAGUCGGGCCAGCAGGCGAGCGACCCGCGCGAGCCGGUCGCGAGGCUCGUCGACAUCGUGCUCGGCCUGCGCGACGCCGUGUCCGACCGCUACAAGCGCCUGUACGACGCCGACGGCCGCCUGAUCCGCUCGGUCGCGCCGUCCUUUUCCGAGGCGGACCUCGGCAAGGGCGCCUACGCGCGCUUUGAGCGUGCGCUGGGCGAUAUCGUGCGCGCCGAGGAGAGGGCGGGCAGCAUCGGCUGA